UAGGGGCCUGAAAAAUAUAUUAUAUUAUUUAAUAAAAUUUUAUUAAUUUAUAAUAUAAAAGUAUUUAUAUAGAGAAGAAGUAGUAUAAUACACCGCAAUUUGUGGAACUCAAAAGUCCCAAAUAAACAAUUGAAGUCCAAGUUUAUCAAGAGUCCAACUAAAAAUAUUUGAUGAAUUUAAUUCACUUUCGGCCAAGUCCAUAUCCAUUCUCCAUCACCCUUGCCACCUUCCCCUCCGCUCACGCCGCACAAUAGUACAAAGCAAACUACUCAAAGACACAUAGCCCCCAAAAAAAUUAACCAAUAUCUCUCUCUAUUCAUUCCCCAUCCCUGUAUAUAUUUAAGGAUUAGGAAGAAUUUAGGAGCCUCCAACAACUUCUACUUCCAGCUGCAACUUCCCAGAAAAGCCAAAACUAGCACAAAUGGCAACAACAACAAAACAUACCAUUUCCAAAAAGUGCCAUAUAUCAACCAUAGAACAACAACAACCACAGCCGAAAUCAGCAUCAUCAUUUAUGGAUCCUACAGUGUUGAAAUCGAACAGUUCCACCGCCAAACCUCAUGCAGCACCUCCAGAUGCUGCCACCACUACUAUCCAGAACAUUUCUAACCGCUUUGCAAAGCUGUAUGCAAAUCACAAGAUUCAUGCUCCCUCUAAAGGUUCUAGUGGGCUGAGGCAUUCGAUUUCUCGUUUUCAAGAAAUGGGUCAGAAUGAUUCUCGUGUUUUGGACAACUCUUCUGUGGCUUUGACCAAGUCAAACAGCCAGAGAGGGAGAAAUGUUGUUGUCAAUGGGGUUGCAGAUUUGGAGAAAGAAGGAAGCUACACAAGGACCAAGGUUAGAGAAAAGGACAAGAAAUCUGUUGUUAAGAAAACCCAUCUGGAUUUGGAUGUGGAGAAGGCCGUGGCUCGGAAGAAAUUCAAUGAAUUGAAGACACUGUCAGCUGCCCAGAAAGAAGAAAAGAAGGAACCAGAGUAUUUUUUUGAUGGGGACGUUGUGAAGGAAGAAUCUGCCUUGAUGUCAAACUGUCAAGAAGGCCAUGAAUUGAAGAAAUUUAAUCCAGGGAUUGAAUUGAAUCGGCCUUCUAUUUCUCUUUCCUUGAAUGGUGGCAGAAGAAGGAAGUCAUUUUGUUGCUCCCAGACUGAAUUGGCCGACUUCCUCUCAUGUGCUGGUGUCAAGGUUGUGGCUGUUGAUAUGCCACCAUUUAUGCAGAUUCAUGCUGUGGAUUGUGCCAGGAAAACUUAUGAUAGCUUGGAGAAAUUCACUUCCAAGACUCUUGCUUUUACCCUCAAAAAGGAAUUUGAUGGGGUUUAUGGACCCGCUUGGCAUUGCAUAGUAGGGACCAGUUUUGGUUCUUUUGUCACACAUUCAGUGGGUGGUUUCAUGUAUUUCUCAAUGGAUCAUAAACUAUACAUUCUCAUGUUCAAGACUACUGUACAGAGAGCAGAUUGAAGGUGCGAAGAAUUGCAUUCUGAUGUAGGGAAUUUAUUUCCAUAGACAGGUGUUCUUCUUCUCUGUUAGUUUGUAUAUUAGUUUUACUUAGACUAGCUGGGAUGAUCAGUUGCAUCUUUAAUAGUUUUUCUCAAGGAAAUCAUGCCGAAUAAACUCCUUGAGUUUUUAAUUGCUAAACUGAUGAAAAACUUUCAUCAUAUAGUGUAAAAGUUCAGAUACAUAUCUAGCAUACUUGCAAAUUUUCUAUCUGUUGGUUUCGUAGGAGCAAUUUGACAUAUGAUGCCUUGACACUGUAUGGGCCUUUUAAGUUGGUAUUCAUAGCUUGUCGAAGCAUUGAUGGACAAUUGGUGGUGCCAAUUCCAGUUUUAAUGUUCAAACUUCACUCUAUUUAUCUGCUGUACUUUUGGCUAUUGAAUCAUGGCUCCAAGGUCAUUGGAGAAUUGAAGCCAGUGCUGUUCUUUUUUGAUAGAGGAAAUAGCAUUCCUUAUUUCACAACCAGAAAACAAGAAUCUUCUGCACUUAAAAGAGAAGUGUCUAAUCUUUAUGUAAAUGGAUAGAGUUGUUGUCUUUAUCUUUUCCGCAGUCCGAUUAAUAUGGAUUUAAGCGGGAUAGGUCUCUUUAGUAGUUCUUUAUUUUGUUUGGUUUAAUUGGAAAUGAUGGUGUAAUUUUUGAAAUGUUAGAUCAUAGAUUACUUUGUCUGGUUUUUAAGCUGGAAUGUUGUAAUCAUUUCUCUCCGAAAGGGCUUCUCUUCUUAGCUACAUCAGCAAAAGUCCUUUCCUAUCCUCUUUACUGAGACCAUUGUGAUGAGGACCUGUCCUUUGGUUUCCUUGUACACACAUUAUCUGGCCUCGGGCUCCACACUGAAAUGAUAGACCCUCAACCUUUUCCGCGAAGAAGAAAAGCUUGAAAAGUAAAGCACACAUGGAUUAUUUACUUCAUUUUCAGCUUGCAACCUGAAAUCAGAGUGCAAACUGUGAAGUCCUAUGGCUAUUCUCCCACUCGGUGGUGCUACCUUGUAAAUGCCAUUUGUCCUUCCUCAAAAAACAUGACAUUUAUGGCUUUUUUUCUAGGAUGGAUAAAUACUAACAUUUGAAAGCUUUUAGGAGUACUUGUGUAAACGAUAUCCUUGGUGUUCUCCCAAUCUCUUCCAUUAAAUUUCACUUUGCUGAUGUCGAUUGUAAAAUAUGAGAUUAUUUGUUGAAUAGGGGAGGGGCCUAAAUUCUU